AUGACUCUAACUUCCAAGAGCGUAGAAUGGCAUCUUCCUGACAUAGACACUUGCACAGAGAACCCUUCUUGGGCCUCCAUGAUGCCUGUCUCUGCUUCCCAGGUCCAGCCUUCUUGUCUUGUCCUGCUACUGACCUUUCUGCUCAGACUCACAGCCACAGAGGAUAUUCUGAAGAUGAUUCAGCCUGAGAAGCUAGUGUUGGUCACCUCAGGAGAGACUGCCACUCUGCACUGUACUGUGACUACCCUGUUGCCUGUGGGACCCAUCCUGUGGUUUAGGGGUCAAGGACAAGACAGAGAGUUAAUCUACAAUUUCAAAGGAGGCCACUUUGCCCGAGUCACAGAUGUGUCAGACACCACAAAGAGAGACAACAAGGACUUUUCAAUCCACAUCAGUAAUGUUACCCCUGCAGAUGCAGGCACCUACUACUGUGUCAAGUUCCAGAAAACAGACUCUGAGGACAAGGAGAUUCAGUGUGGAAGAGGCACCAAGAUGUUUGUCGGCGAAAUGGAGCAGUCUUCUACUUUUACACUCCUCACAGUUCUGCUGCUCAGCACAAAGGUGCUACUGGCCAUCAUUGUCUCUGCUAUCUACAUCCUCCGGAAACUGAAGGCCUAACUGUGCUGCCUGUCAACUUACAACAGAUGUCCCCGUGAGAAGACCAGCUCCAGUGUUAUAACAGCAGGAGGAGGCCUUUCUUGAAUGGAGAGCAUAUAUCCCAAAGUGACAAUUUUCCCCACCACCUCAACUUCUUCCCUCAACUUCUCUCCUGUGGAAGACCCUCAGUCUCUGCUGCUUUUUUCCUGUUGUGGGAGCACUGAUAUGGAAGAAAAUGUGAUAAGAAGCUAUCAUAGACUCUGUUACAAACAUUUCUCCACCUCAGAUACCUGUUGGCCCACAAAUCCCUGGUGUUUCUUUACUCAGUCACUGAUGCCCUCAGGAUUGAUCUGCACCUAAGAUCCUGAACAGGAAGCAUUGGAGCUGGCUGUGGGAUCUAACAGAUAUUUCCCUGGAAUAUGUGCAGUAAGUCAAUUGUGUUUCAGAUAUAGAUCACAUGUUGCCCUAAAAUCACAUAUGAAUAUUAUUCAAAGACAGUAUUUUAGAAAGUGAUUGAGUCAUUAGGACAUGAUUUUUAUGAGUGGAUUAAAUCAUUAGUGAAAUCAUUGCUGAAUGUGCUGUUAAAAUGUGAAACCAUUUCAGUGUUGGGUUACUAGAGGCAUCACCUGAUAGGGUAUAUAUAUAUAUAUAUAUAUAUAUAUAUAUAUAUAUAUAUAUGUAUAUAUUCCAGAUUCUCCAUCUUUCUUUGUUUUAUGGACACUGGAUUCUUUCACUAUGAUUUUUCUGUCUUACAUUCAACCAACAGUGGACUAAACUGUGAGCCAUUGUAAGCAUUUAUUGUUCUUUCCCAGGAACAGUAAAUGUCUAAUACAGAAAAUUGACACCAGGGGUGGAGUUGUUACUGUGGGUAUAACUAACCCCAUUGUUUACAAGGCUUUGGAACUGAUUUGCUGAGACAGUUUAGAAAAUUGUGAAGAUGCCAAUUAGAAAAAUCUUAGAAUGUUGAAAGUCAGUUUUCAUAGUGAAUCUGGCUGGAACUCAGGAUAUGAGAAUGCUGCCAGAAAUAUUAAUGGUGAAGGGCUAGUUUAGGAGAUUCCAGUUGGGGACCAGAACUCCACUGACAAUUGGACUAGAAGCCACGUGGGUUACACUCUGGUGAAGACUGUGUGUUUGCUUUGCCUAUCUUCAAUCAGGAGGUUGAAAUUAAGAGCAGUGCACUAUUUAUCUGAUUGAAGAAGUUUCAAUGGAGCCUAAUAUUUAGACUGUGGCAAGGAUGAUGCUGGCUGCUUUUAGCCAGAUUUCCAAGGAAAAAGAGUAAAGAGCAAAGACGAAGGAUUUAAAAAAUUUGCAUCUUGUCUAGGAAACAAAUAUGUGUAAAUUUGGAGCCAAAGAAGGUAUUAAAAGAAGCCAAGUAUUUUGCAUCCAGACAGUAAGAAUAGAUAGGUCCUCUUAAGGAAUUUCAGGAAAUGGCCAAAUACCACUCAUCAUCAUUUCAAGGGUAUAAAAACUGGAAUCUCCUUUGAAAGUCUUUGUUUUAAUAAAAGAUCAUCAUAGCGUUCUACUCAUUUUCAGCAGCACAGAGAAGUAUUUCCCCAAGUUCAAUCAUACAGUUUGGCCAUUCAGUCACUCAGAGGUAAUACAGCCACUGUCCCUGGUCUCCCAGCUAUUACUUUAGCUGGCAGAAGACUUUUACACUGUCCACAUGGUGUUAUGUAGAGUGCAAGAUUUGUGGAGUUCUGGAAGCUCCCAUCAAGAUUUCAGGAGAAAUCCUGGAAGGCCAAAAUAGUGCAGAAAGUUGUGAGAGUCAAACCUAAGUUGUAGUGGAAACCCAGGAAGUUGAUGCCAGAAAUGUGGAAUGCUUGCUGAGAUAAGUCACAGGCAGUGAGCAGAGCUUGCCUAAGAGAAAAGUCAUGUGGGCUCAACCAGCAAGGCCAGAGAGUGCUAGACUUCCCAAGCCCUUUGGAACACAUAGUUCACCACAACCUGACCUGGUUGUUCAACUCAGAUCUGCAGUAUUGAAUGUUUUAGUUUUAGUUUGUACAGUGCCUUCCUAUUUCACUAUUUUUGUGUUUUAGAAAGAGAGCAUUUACCUUGUUGCUUUAUGUGUUGGGAAUGUUAGACUUUCUUUUUGACUUUAAUGGGAGUUCACAGAUAAAGAGUGUGUUUCAGAGGAGACUUUGGAGUUGGGACUUUUUAGCAAUGCUAGAACCACUAAAAAUUUGGCAAUUAUGGGCCUGGGGUUUAGCUCAGUGGUGUAAGUGUCUGCUUACAGGCCAACAGGAGAUCAUGAGUUUGAUCCCGGUACCAAUAAUAAAUAAAUAAAUAAAAUAAAAAUUAAUAUAGAAAAAGAAAGAAGAAAAAAUUGGCCAACUCUUAGGGAACAAAUGUAUUUUGUGUCAUGAAAUGGACAUGAACAUGAUUGGGGAUGAGGGACAGAAUGUCAUUGUUUAUAUCUAAAAUAUUCCCCACAAUAUCCAUUGGAAGUCUCAGGUGUCCAGAAGUAUAGCUUUCUGUAUUUGGUUGGAUCUUGAGGAUACUACGCUUAUCAGCAGAUUAAUCUGCUGAUGUGUUCACAGUUGAAUGUACUGGAGGUGUGGCCUUGUUGGAGGUGUGUCAAAGGAGGCAUGUUCUAAUAGGAUGUAUUCUUGUCUCUAGCUCCUCCCUUCUCUCUGUUUCCUGCCUGCCAUGGAAUAAGCAGCUUUCAAUAACCAUACCAUUUUGCUAUAUCAUUUCUGCCUUGAAUCUAACCAACCAUGGACUGAAUCCUCUGAAAUCAUGAACCAAAUAAGCUUCCUGUCCUUUACAUUCCAAGUGUUGGGUAUUGAGUUCCAGCAAAGGGAAAAUAAUUAAUACAUGAACCCAUUAGGAUAAGUUAUGUCUAUUGCUAUGGAGGUGGUCAUUUCAUCAAGACACAACACGUUUCAGGAAUUAUUCAGUUUUCUGCAUUACCAUCCAACCCAGUUCCCCAGAACAAUUGUGGUCUUCACUGUGGGGAUGCUUAUAGUUCUCUUUAGGGUAACCCAGGUCUUUGUCUUCAGCUUUGAUUCCAGACUCCUUUGCAGAUUGCUCAGCUUUGAAGUACGGAUCCCCAACCCACCAGCAAAGCCUUUCUGGCUUCCAGCAAUGAAUGUUGGGCCUUCCCACUACAGCUCUUUGGUAUGGACUUGCAUGAGAUGUGGCCAUAGGCAUUAGGCCUUUGGUUGGACUCAUGCUGGACAUUGUUGUGGGAUCCAUGGACUUGGCUGGAUUCCUUAGGUUUUUUAGCCCACAAUCUUGUACUCUUCUGUAUUUAACUUUUUGGGUUAAUAUUGUAAAGUAAUCUUAUAAAUUACAUGUCUUCUAUUAAACAUAUUCCCUUCUAAACUCUGACUACAGGAUAUAUUUUGAAAAUGAGUGUUGAUUGAAUCACUCCUAUGUAUCCUUUGAAUAUAUCAGCAU